AUGCCGCACGCGACCGCGCUGACAGUACUGACCGACAACCAGCUGCCAAUGGUCCACCAGAACUGCCUCAAGUUCUUUGGCGAGGUCGCCUCGUACGACCGGUACCACGGCCUGGUGCACGACGGCGACGAGGCCUCGCGCAUCGUCGACGCCUUCGGCUCGGCGCGCUGCCUGAUGAUGGCCAACCACGGCGUGAUCGUCACGGGCGAGACGGCGGCGGAGGCCUUCGACUCGCUCUACUACCUCGAGCAAGCGGCUAAGCUCGUCACGAUCGCCAUGUCGACGGGCCGGCCGCUCCGCCCGAUCGACCCGGCCGUCUGCGCGGCGACGGCCGUGGCGAUGCGCGACGAGCGGCCGCUCUACGCGCGACGGCACUUUGACGCGCUGCGCCGCACCAUGCUGCGCGGCCAGGACUACGGGCAGUGCGAGGGCGAGGACCUUGACGCGUCGCGGCACGCGCCCAGCCCGUACUCGUGA